AUGGGAGGUCUGAAGACGCUGGGCCUCCUGCCUGGUAGGAGCAUGGGCCUCCCCUCACUCCAGAAGGCUAUAGACAGGCACCGUCUAUCCGGCUUCCUCUACAACAUCUCCAUGUACCUCCAGGAGAUGGGCACUGAGAUGGACGAGCCUGUCUCUGACGAGGAGCAACUGUGGGAGAAGGUCCUGCAGUCAUUUAUUCAGUCGGAGUGGGGUGGCACACAAAACCAUUGGGAGGGCCGAGUGCCCCCCAGGCCCAGUGUCAGACUCCAGGACUGGUUCCUGUCCCUGAGAGGCAGCCCUCACUGGGAUGGACUCCUGGGGCUGUUGCAGAACCUCUUGUCCCUGUUUGAGUGGCAGCCUCACAGGCCGCUGCUGGACUUCCUGUCCCAAAACUGGAGGACGGUGAGCGCCCUGCUGGAGGUGGCCUUGCAGGCGCUGGUCAGCGGGACCUAUGGCCAGGCCAGUGCCGGGCUGCAGGGCUUUAUCUGUGCCCUGAGGGGUCACAGUGACUGUGCCUUCAGUGUCAGCUGGCUAACUCAGCUCCUUAGAUAUUUGGAAACACGCAACUGGAAGCCUGUGGUGAACCUGCAUCCUGCGGGACAAGGGGCCGACCAGAGAGUGGGCUCGGGGGCCUUUGGGCGCCUGAAGCCCUUCAGUGUGCCCCCCGAGGCCCUGAGAGAAGAGGGGAUGUCUGGGAAUGGCUCUCAAGGGAAUGCUGGGGACAGAGGUGACAUGGGGGCUGACCUGUACUCCAUUCAGACCCUGCUCCUACAGGCUUUACUGCGGUCUGAUAUUGGGCAGCGGAUGGGGCAGCUAGCAGAGCAGAACCCCACCCUCCUGCAGGGAUUGGACGGCCUGAGACGAGGGCUCUUACACAGGGUCGGCAGCUCGGUGUACGGCAACCUGAAGAGAAAGGUGUCCCGGGUAACCAUGGCACUGCUUGAUGAUGUCAGCAGUGCGGUACCACAGGCCAAUCAUAAGGGGAGAUGCUCCAUAGGUGAUUUGAGACAGCUAAUCUUAUGGGGAAUCAGACAUAAUGUCACGUGGAAUGCACAGGCUCUGGGCUUCAACUCACAAGGCCCUCCCAGCACCCCUUCCUUUCUUACCUGCACCUCCACAGAGGGUAAGAGAGGGGACCCCCGAUCCCCUAGACCAGCCCGCAGGGGGCGCAAAAAGAAACCAUCCAGCCCAGCUCCGGUUAGGCGUCAUUCCCGUCUCUUCCAGCGCAAGUCUGAACAGGCCGAGGUUGGCCACAGCAACUUGAGGGAGAUGAAAGACUACCCCUCAGCGGAGAUCCUGGAAGCAGCGUGUAACGCCUCCAUCCCGGGCCUGACAGGUGUGUCCAACUUCACCGUGUUCCUCUACUGUAACCUGUUUGAAGGGGAAGACGGGUUAAUGGACCCUGAGAUGGGUCAGGUGGGAGCUGACCUACACGCCACGUGUUCCGAUGCCGCCUGGUACCUGUCCGCAGCUGAGGAUGACUUCCUGUGGGUCCACGUCUGUAGUGAGUUCUUUGCCCACGAGUUCAACAACACUGUGUGCGCCAACUCCUCAUUUUGGCUGGAGAGAGCACACCAGGCUGUGGAAACGAAGGACUACCACUACUUCAAUCACUCCAGUAUCGACGACCUUUGCGUGCAGCUGUCAGUGGUGGAGGAUGGCAGCAGCCCAGGGCCCGGCGAGGCCUGCCUGACCCGGCUGGGCACCAGGUCCCUCAGCGCCCAUGACUUCAGACGCUGCUUCAUGCCCAACUCCUCUACCCUGGUGACAUCACUGUGCGGCGCCGAGUCCCCCGGGACUCACGCCUCACGCUCGUCCCUCCCGGAGAGCAGCUGGGCCGCAGAGUACUGCUCCAGGCUCCGCAACUCCUCCCGACCCGACCGCGCGACGGACACCUGUGACUACCGGAAGUGGACCCUGCCGUAUUUCACCAACGCCACCCUGCUGGAGCUCUGCGGCAGCACAGAGGGGUUGAGGGAGUACGUCUGCCGCAAUGCCGCGCUGCAUCGCAGACUUCUCCCAGCUUAUCCUCGGCUGUCUGACAUUUGCGUUGACCUGGAAAUGGAGCAGGAGGACAGGAAGUGCUUCCUCCAGUGGUUCUUUGACAUGCUCCCGGCACCGUACAACUUUGACACGUCGCAACUUUGCGCAAGCCCUGCUCCGCUGCUGGCCGAGGCGCUGAGCAAGCUGAGCGCGUGUGAGUUGGAGGGGGAUGAGCCCGGAGGCUGGGUUGGGGCGGUGGGCUACGUGCUGAGGAUGCUGGACUUUGUGGUGGGCCUCUCAGCGGGGCUGGACGAGGGGGAGGGGGAGGUGAGGCAGGGCCUGGGUCAGGCCAUUCUCCUCUCCAGUCUUCUCGACAACGCUUCGUUCUGGGCCACGCUUCGUCCCGACGCCUCACUGAGUGUGCUCCACACCGUGGGCGUGUUCCUGCGCAGGGAGCAGAACGCAGCUCUGAAAGAGGACCUGCUCAGCUGCUUCAGUCCUGUAUUAUGGGACCUAAUUCAGAGAGAGGACAACUCCUCUGCCCUCAGAGCCCUAAUGCAGGAGUACCUCCAAAUGCCCAGAGAGAGUAUUCGCACACUGGUGAUGUCAGCAGAGAAAGAUGCUGUGAAGAGGUUUCUGAGACACAUGCACCAGAGCUGGGACCAGCUGCACGUGGAGACCACUCAGAGAGAACUGCAGGCCAUGGAGACCAUGACAUCCGCCUUCAUCCACAAGUUCCCUCGCGUGACCCCUGACCUCUUCCUCGACCUCUCGCAGUUCAUACCCUUCAUGUCUGUUUCUGACAUCAUGAACUUCCCCACUUCACUGAUCAUCAAUGACAGCGUGUUGAUGGCCAUCCGGGACCACAGUGCAGAGAUGAAAUCUCCACAGAAACAGGCAUUUGUGAAGAGGCUUCUGCAGUCCAGUGUGGUUGGAGAUGUCCCCUCCUGGCCACCAUACUUCCUCAACUCCAUCCUCCCACUGCUUCCACAUCUUCCUGUCAGACACUUUCAGCAGCUGACAUCAGACCAGCUGAGUCCCUUGGUAGAGAUGCUAGGAAACACCAGUCUGGAUGGAACGCGUGGACGUCAUAUUCUACGGACACUAUUCAUUAAAAACAGGAACCUCACCAGUGAUUUAAUUUCCAGGCUGGGAGUUCUGGCUUGUUACCUGAACCCAGAGGUGCUGCGUCCGUUUCUGCUGGCAUCCCCAGUGCCCAGCGCUCUUUGGCAGCAGCUGGCUCUCUGUGUGUCGGAGGGACUCAUCAGCGCUUCAGGAAGGCUGUCCCUCUGGUUGGUCCAGGUGGUCAGGCCACUAAACGCCAGCACCCUGCCUCCUCCAGCACUGGCUACCCUCAGAGGCCUACUUCCCCAGCUAGGGGCUCGGUUUCUUCUGUCACUGCCUUCACUUCAGCUCCUGGAUCUGCUAACACAACCAGGUCUGCCCAGCUUCUCCCCAGCACAGCUUACCAUGGAGACGCUGUGCAAGCUAAAGCCCUUACUGCCUGGCCUAUCCCCUGCUGUACUCAGAGACCUACACUGGUCCCCGGCCAGUGGUACCACUCACUGCGAGUGUUGGAGGGCUCUACUGGCUGACCUGAAGCCUGCCCUUAGAGCCAUGCUCUACAGGGCGCUGCAGGAGGCUUUGAACAGCAAUUCAAGGAACUUCACGGUGAAGCUCCAGUGUCUCCUGCCUUUCGUUCCCCUGAGGGAGCUGAUGGAGGCUGUCGAUGGGGAGACCAUCCUGAAAGACAUGAGCCUGUACAGAGACCUGCCCUGGUCCCAUCAGCAGAGGAAAUGCAUUGUUGAGGAGCUGCGGCAAAGACCAGAAGACAUGGAUGGUCUGAGCCCCUGGUUUGCUGCAGGGUUACCGGUGAAACUGAUUGAGAACCUGUCUAACACAUCACUGACAGCCAUCAUGACUUACACUCAGCAGCAUUUUGCGGACUUCCUAAAGCUGCCACGCCAUAAGCAAAUGGCCUUAGCGGAGAAGGCAGUCACUGUGCUGAGUCAUGAUACUGUAGUCACUUGUUCUGCUGUGUCCAUCAAGGGUACUGCUCAGGGCCUGCCUGAGGUGGGGCUCAGUGGGGCUGCUUUGGACCUCCUGGGGCCCCUGUUGCCCUUCCUGGAUAGGGAUACCCUAGCGCUGGUGGAUCAACGAGCCCUGGGGCUUCGUUUGGAUGAGCUGAGGGGUUACUGCUUCCCCCAGGACACCCUGAGAGACAUGGCUGCUCUGCUCACGGGGAGAGACCUGCUAGGAGAGGCAUCGGCGUGGACGGAUGAUGAUGUGGAGCUUGUUGGCAGACUGCUGUUCAUUCUCUCUGCGAAACAGAUAAACUCCAUCCCACUGGUGGUGCUGAGUGCAGACACGGUGGAGGAGGUCCUGGCGGGUCAGCUGUUCUGGGAGAACAGUGAUACGGGUCAGGCCUGUGCGUUCCUGUGUGUGGACCAGCAGGGUCAGAGAGAGAGGUUCCACAGCCUUGUGCGAGGGGUCGUCAGAGCACAGAGCAGGAAGAGCAAAGUCCCCAGCUGUGGUGAUAUAAGAGGCACCUAUCCCUCAGCCUGGACAGCAUAUCAGCUGAGCCGGAUGGCAGCGGACGAGUUGGGGCAGUGUGUUGAGGUCAUAGGUCUGGAUUCUUCACUGAGCCCAGAGCAGCGCAGAGCACUGUGGGUAAAGCUCAGACAGGCUUACCGCCCAGUAAGGGGUCUGAGGCCCGAACAGGUUCUGGGCCUUGGCUGUGUGGUCACUGAACUGGGGGAGAGAGAGCUUCAGGACACUAACCUGACAGACCUUGGUGUCCUGGCCAAUCUGGGGGCACAGACCGAAUGGAGCCCAAAAAAGGUGACUAGGAUACUGUUUUACUAUCAUAUCUGGUUUUCAGACCGGAGGCGUUCCUUGUUCCUGGUGUACUGUUUGACCCUUCAACCCUGUAUGCUGGUUAAGAUGAGAGCAGCGGUUGUUGGCGUAAUGCAGAAGUGGAAGCUGAAGGUAGAGCAUCUUAGCCCUGUAGAUAUGGCUUCUCUAGGAAACCUGCUCUGUGGUUUGACCCUGUCAGAGAUCAAUCGACUGGACCCCUUCAACCUCAGCAUGGCUUCCCUGUUCCUGAGGGAUUUGGCCCUGCCUUGUUCUGAGCAGCAGAUGGUGGCUCUGACCGGCCGUCUCUCCGCUCCUCGGGCCUUUGGUCCAGUCAGUACCUGGGGCCCAGAGGUCUUUACUGAGAUUGGCACAAUAGCAGCGGGUCUGGAUGACAUGGUUCUGUCUGCUCUGGUGCAAGAACAGAUGGAGGGACUCAUCCCUGAAGCUAUCUCCUUGAUUCCCCCUACAAAGAUGGCUGUGGUUUUUAGCUCAGUCCAGUUGUCCUGGUUGAAUGUGGAGCAGGCAUGGGCAGUCACAGAGGACCAGUGGGCGGAGCUGAACAGUGGGCAGAGACAUGCCUUGGGUCUGGCACAGUACGAGGGGGAUGUCCUGCUGGAGCACAGAGGGAGAAACGUGGCCCAGGCAGAACGCUCAGCUGACAGUUUCACUGUGGGUUUAUUGUCUCUAUGCUGUAUGUUAUGGCAACUAUCGUGA